GCCCCUUUCAUGGGCUCGCACUGCAUCCUCGCGCUGUGUCCCAGUGUGUCCCCUGUUGUGGAAAGUGCUUGGUGCUUACGUCCGCCUUCUUCGCAAUGUAAACACGCGCUGUUCCGUGGUUGGUGGUUUCUCAAGAGGCGGGGCCACCAGCCCAUCCCUGUCAUGGGACUUCCCUCAGUCCUAUAAAGGCCGAGGAAAACCCACAGUCCUUUGCUGUUCAUUGUAAAUGUGCUGGCGUUGGACUUGAUCUGAAUUUAAAAGCUGUGAUGGAUUCAGUGUCAGAGUGUACACAAUGGAGAAUACUGAUUCAGAUGAGGUGGAAAAACUGAAGUCAAAAUUUGUAUCGGCAUGGUACACUGUGAAAUACAGUUGGAUGCUAAAAACAAAGACUCGCUUCAGCAGAAAUUCUCCAGUUUUUUUGUUAGGAAAGUGUUACCAUUUUAAGGCUGAAGAUGAGGAAGCCUCCAUGGAUAGCAUCUCAGCCUGCACCUCAGAGAAGGAGUUUGUUCUGGGGAACGUGGAUGCCUUUCAAAAGGAUUUUACAUCUCGGAUUUGGCUGACAUACAGGGAGGAGUUCCCUCAAAUCCAAGGCUCCAGUUUUACCUCCGACUGUGGAUGGGGAUGCACACUGAGGACGGGGCAGAUGCUGUUGGCUCAAGCCCUUGUGAUUCAUUUCUUAGGCAGAAACUGGACCUGGUCCGAGGCACUGAAGGUGGAUAGCCUACAUGCCGAGUCAUGGACUGUUAGUACAGCAAAGAAAUUUGUUAACUCUGUGGAAAAUUCCUUCCACGGUGAAAGAUCCUGUAAAAGUGGCACACAAACUCAAAGCCUGCGUGAAGAUGAAGCAGGCAGUUCUCUGAACAACUUCCAUCACAGGCACAUAAUCUCCUGGUUUAGUGAUGUGCCUAAGGCACAGUUUGGUCUGCACAGGCUGGUGGAGCACGGACAUGCUUCAGGAAAGACUGCUGGAGACUGGUAUGGCCCAGCUGUUGUUGCUCACAUUCUCAGGAAAGCUGUUGAGGAAUCAACAGACCCUGAACUGCAAGGCAUAACAGUUUAUGUUGCUCAAGACUGCACAGUUUACAGUGGUGACGUUAUUGAUAGCCACAGGAAAUCUGCUAAGGGGUCAGGGCCAAGAACUUCAACCAGAACCUAUAGAAGUGCUGUAAUUAUUCUUAUCCCUGUGAGGCUUGGUGGAGAGAAAACAAAUCCUGAAUACUUUGACUUCGUUAAGGGAAUUUUAAGUCUUGAAUAUUGCAUUGGAAUUAUUGGAGGGAUUCCCAAACAGGCAUAUUACUUUGUUGGAUUUCAAGAUGACAGUUUGAUUUACAUGGAUCCUCAUUACUGCCAGUCUUUUGUAGAUGUCAGCACAAAGGAUUUCUCAGUGGAGUCUUUUCAUUGUCCUUCACCCAAAAAGAUACCAUUCACAAAAAUGGACCCAAGCUGCACCAUUGGAUUCUAUUCAAGAAAUGAAGACGACUUUGAAAGAAUCAGUGAAGAAAUAUCAAAGGUUUUAAAAUCUACUUCUAAGGAGAAGUAUCCAGCAUUUACCUUUGUUAAAGGGCAUGGACAUGAUAGCAGCUUUUUGCGCCAACAAAAGCUUGAAAAAAGCCAGUUGUCUGUAAAACGGGAACAAAAGCUUUCAAGACAAGGACUGGAGGACUAUGUAUUACUGUGAGGACGCUAAGCAAAAAUCUGAGGACUUGCUUUAAAUUUCAGCAAUAAUUUUAUUUCACUUCUAGUAUGGAAAGAUGUUAUCUUUUAUUUUCAAAUAUGGUUUAUCUGAAUUUAUUUGGAAGCCAGUCUUUUAAUAAAUUAUGCCCACCAUUUUUGUAAAACAGCAAUCAUAGUUUUUCCUUGUUUGUGAAAGAUGAAGGCUGGCUUUCAAUGAGGUUUCAGUAGCAUCGCAUAUCUUGAAUAAUAACUGCGUGACCGGCUAAUCACCAGAUAUACUCAGCAUACCUCAACCAGUUAAUACUGUAUGUUUUUGAAAUUAAAAAGGUUUUUUUGUUUGCAAUGGAAAAUAAAAGAAAUAACACUGCUAUCUACAGACCUGAAUAAAUUGGAGCACAAUCAAUGGCAACAUUUGUUUUCAAAUAAUGUUCAAUUUAAUUUAAAUAAUAAGGUAACAUAUUGACUUAAGAUUGUGCUAAGUUAGUUUCUAAUCCAUUUUGGUUUAAUGACUAGCCACAAAUUAAUAGUAACACUUAAUUGGACUUUUUAUGCAUUCAUUGUUAUUUUCAUUUAUUUAUAUUUUUGUGUUUUAAAAUGCUGAAAAAAAGAUUUUUGAACAGCAUUGAACUGUUGAGUUCACGUUUGGCAUUAAACAGGCUCUAGAAAUAAA